GGCUUGACCAGUUCCACAGUCCCACCGUCGAACUGCUGGGGGGCUUAACAAAACCAAAACCUUCUUAAACCCGUCGCCGACUCGCCGGCCGCCUCGUUCGGUCUAUCGACAACCGCUCCCGCCUCACGCUCCCGUUGGCCGUGACUGACGCUCGCCGCCGUCCAUUUCCCGUGGUGUCUGCCGCGUGUUGCCCCCCCCCCCCCCCCCCUCGAGCUCCGCAGCCACCCGCGAGAUCUGAUAGGUCUUGCUAAUACAGGAUGGCAACACAGGUAGUGUUUUCCACAGCUUCCAGUUGUGGAUACCCAUUAGGCACUUAUGGGGACAGACCGGAAAAAUCACCUUUUGGUGUCAGUUUAAGCCACUUUCAGAGAAGGUCAAGAUUAAUUAGCCGGAAUAACAUUCCAUGCCCUGAUCAGUUUGAGUGCUCUGCAAGUUCACGUCGAGUCGGGUCACGCCGCACAAAGGAUGCCAUCUUGGAUCUCCAACCCGAGAUCUCCUUGCUGCAUGGAGAAGGUAAUGGUGCAAUCAGUGUUCGGAGUAAGGAAAAGAGUGUUGAGAAGUCAGUCGAAAGAUUAGUUGAUACUCCUGUCAGAUAUAGCUACAACGAGGCAAGUAUUAAGGUCAUUGGUGUCGGGGGUGGUGGCUCUAAUGCUGUGAACAGGAUGAUUGAAAGCUACAUGAAGGGGGUAGAGUUUUGGGUAGUGAAUACCGACUUUCAAGCAUUGAGCAUGUCCCCUGUUGAUAUGGAAAACAGGUUGCAUAUUGGCCAGGAACUGACAAGAGGUCUUGGUGCUGGUGGGAAUCCAAACAUUGGCAUGAAUGCUGCAAAGGAGAGCCAGGAGUUGAUAGAACAGGCACUCUCUGGUUCUGAUAUGGUUUUUGUGACGGCAGGAAUGGGUGGAGGGACGGGCACUGGUGGUGCACCGAUAAUUGCACAGAUUGCAAAGUCAAUGGGCAUACUAACUGUCGGAAUUGUGACAACUCCAUUUUCAUUUGAGGGAAGAAGAAGGGCAAUUCAGGCGCAGGAAGGAAUUGCAGCCUUGAGAAGCAAUGUUGAUACACUCAUUGUAAUUCCGAAUGACAAAUUAUUAACUGCCGUUUCCCCAAAUGCUCCUGUCACAGAAGCAUUUAAUUUAGUGGAUGAUAUUCUCCGACAGGGUGUUCGUGGCAUCUCAGAUAUAAUCACCGUGCCAGGUUUGGUUAAUGUUGACUUUGCUGAUGUUAGAUCGAUUAUGGCUGAUGCAGGCUCAUCCUUGAUGGGAAUAGGAACAGCAUCAGGUAAGACACGAGCCCGAGAUGCUGCACUGAACGCCAUACAGUCUCCACUAUUAGAUAUCGGCAUUGAAAGAGCAACAGGAAUUGUCUGGACUAUCACUGGAGGAAAUGAUUUAACCUUGAUGGAGGUGAAUGCAGCAGCUGAAGUUAUAUAUGAUCUUGUUGAUCCUACUGCAAAUCUGAUAUUCGGCUCUGUUAUAGACCCAUCAUAUGCUGGUCAAGUGAGCAUAACAUUGAUUGCUACCGGAUUUAAGCGACAAGAAGGGAACGAGGGUCAAUCCGUUCAGGGAUCACAGCCAAGUGGGGAUAAUAAUCGGAGGCAGACUAGUCAUUUUUCUUCGUCAGCACGCAAUGAAGGUCAUGCAAUAGAAAUUCCAGAGUUCCUGCGGCGGAAUGGACGUCCAAGGUUCUCGAAAGGCUGAAAGGAAGGGUUCAAUGAUGGCCCAUCCUCAUUUUUCUGUUUGGCCGUAUUUUUCGUGCUCGGUUGCUCCGAGCCGAUCUGAUUUAGGAAUGUAGCAUGUGUGCUGGGAUGAUCCAUCCAAUGAUGGACCGGUGUUAUCACGUGUGGAUGCAUCCUCCUGUAAAAUCAUGCGACUAACAUCGACUACCUUUGUCAUGUUAUAUACCGGUGUACACUUUCACUGAACAAGUAAUUUCAUAAUGUCAUUGAGUGAUUUUUUUACUGUAA